GAGGAGAGAGAGAGAGAGAGCUGUGUAGAUAGAUAAAUAGACAGAGGGAGGAAGGCGAGUUAGAGAGUUGAAUAGACAAUGAGAAAGUGAGAGUGGAGAGUGAGAGAGAGACUGAAAGCUGAAGAGAUUGAAUAGAUAGAUAGUGAGAGUGAAGACAGAGAGAGAGAGAGAGAGAGUUGAAUAGUUAUAGAGAGAGUGAGAGCGGAGCGAGAAAGAAAGAGAGCGAGAGAGACAGACAGACAGUUGAAUAGAUAGACAGAGAGAGUGGAGUGAGAGAGAGAUAGUCAGAAAGCCAUCGUUUUGCCGGCAGAUUGCUCCUGUUUGUUGGUGGUGCGAUAAGCAAAAAUGGGAAGAGGCGGAGAGAACUCCGACACAACCUCGCCUAAUCCCAACACUGACUCAUCACAAAGAUACUAUUCCUGGGAGGAAAUCAAGAAACACAACCAGAAAGAGGACCGCUGGCUAGUUAUAGACAGACAGGUUUACAAUAUAACAAAUUGGUCUCAGCGCCAUCCUGGAGGGAGUAAAGUGAUUGGACAUUAUGCAGGACAAGAUGCUACAGAAGCAUUUCGUGCUUUCCACAACGACUUGUCAUUUGUACGGAAAUUCCUGAAGCCGUUACACAUUGGAUCUUUGUGUAGUGAUGAAUUCCCAGUGACGGAGAUGUCUGCAGAUUUUGAAGAGUUACGUAGAAUGGCUGAGAAGAUGGGAUUAUUUAAACCAAGUUACUGUUUCUUUUUCCUAAAUGUGGGACACGUACUUAUAUUGGAGGUAUUCGCUUAUCUUACCCUGAAGUACCUGGGUACAGGAUGGCUACCCUAUUUCCUCUCUGUCCUGUUUUAUUCCAUUGUCCAAGCCCAGACAGGUUGGAUACAGCACGACUUUGGACAUCUUUCUGUCUUUAAAAGAAGCAAAUUUGACCAUUUUUGGCACUAUUUCACCAUGGGAUUUAUAAAGGGAGCUUCACCUGCCUGGUGGAGCCACAUGCAUUACCAACACCAUGCAAAACCGAAUGUGCUUGAUAAAGAUCCUGACAUCAGAAUUGACAAAUACUUUGUCAUAGGAGAUACGAUGUCUUUGGAGGUGGCAAAGAAGAAGAAGAAAAGUAUGCCAUAUAAUUUCCAACACAGAUAUUUCUUUGUCAUUGGACCGCCCCUCCUGUUUCCUGUGUAUUUCCAGUAUGCACUUCUACACUACGCUAUUUCAAGGAGAGCUUGGGCUGACCUUGCUUGGAUGGCAGCCUUUUUUAUAAAGAUUUUCUACCUUUAUACUCCCUUUCUCGGAUUCUGGGGAGUAUUGGCAUACUAUUUUGUCGUCAGGUGUGUUGAAAGUCACUGGUUUACCUGGGUCAGUCAGUCUAACCAUAUUCCAAUGGAUGUAGAACAUGAUACAGCCCAACCCUGGCUUGCCUUGCAACUCCAUGCGACCUGUGAUAUUGAGAAGUCAUUUUUCAAUGAUUGGUUUACUGGACAUCUUAAUUUCCAAAUCGAACACCACUUGUUUCCUACAAUGCCACGGCACAAUCUCUACAAGAUUGCACCAUAUGUGAAAUCAUUGUGUGAAAAACAUGGUAUAAGAUACGAAGUAAAACCCCUGGGGAAAGCAUUUGUUGAUGUUGUACGGACCUUGAAACAUUCCGGAGAGAUCUGGUAUGCAGCAUAUCAAGCACAUCAUAUGUUAUAGAAAAUAUCCAUAUUCAUAAAUAUAUAUAUGUAUACAUGUGUGUGUGUGUAUAUAUCUAUAUAUACAUAUAUUUAUAUGCAUGCAUGUAUGUAUGUAUGUAUAUAUAUAUUCAUUCAUAUAUAUAUAUAUAUAUAUGAAUAUAUAUAUACGUAUAUACACAUAUAUAUACAUAGAUACAUAUAUAUACAUACAUUCAUAUAUAUAUACAUAUAUAUCUAUACAUAUAUAAAGCAAGAACAUAAAACAGCACAAGUGAACAAGACAUUAAAAAAAGACAAAGAAACAAUGAAAAGGAAAGAUAUAUAUAUAUAUAUAUAUACACACACACAUAUAUAUAUAAACAACAAUAUAAUGAAACAGCGAAACCAAAAGAAGUUUGGGGAGGGGGAGGGGAAAAGAAGACUUGAAACUACAAGAGAAAUCCCAAGGAACCAGAAUAACAACCAAAAUCUUCAAGAUUACUGCUGCCAUGGGACAUAGAAAGCAGUUUGUCUUUGAGUGUUUUUUUUUUCCUUUGUGUUUCUUCUUUUUUUUUUUAAACAGCAGUCAUUAUUAUUAUUAUUAUUAUUAUUAUUAUUAUUAUUAUUAUGCAAAGGGACAAGAUGGAUGAAUCAUUGGCAUGCUGGGCAAAAUGCUUGGCGGCAUUUCGUCCGUCUUUGCAUUCUGGGUUCAAGUUCCUGUUGGGGUUGGCUUUAUCCUGUCAUCAUUUCGGGGGUUGAUAAAAUAAGUACCAGUUGAAUACUGGGGGUCAAUGUAAUCGACUUGCCCCUACGCCGAAAUUGCUGGCCUUGUGCCAAAAUUGGAAAUCAUCAUCAUCCUUAUUAUUAUUAUCAUUAUUAUUAUUAUUAUUAUUAUUAUUAUUAUUAUUAUUAUUAUUAUUAUUAUUAUUGUUAAGACAGCAAGCUGGCAGACUCGUUGCUGGACAAAAUGCUUAGCACCGUUUUGUUUGUCUUUACGUUCUGAGUUCAAAUUCCACCAAGGUUGACUUUUGCCUUUCAUCCUUUCAGGGUUGAUAAAACAAGUACCAGUUGAACACUGGGGGUCGAUCUAAUCGACUAGUACCCUCCCCUGAAAUUACCGGCCUUGUGCCUAUAGUAGAAAGAAAUAUUGUGGAUGACUGGCAGAAUUGUUAGAGUGUCAUAAACUAAAAAAAAAAAAUAGAAAGAAAAAAAAAAAAGCCUUGCGGUAUUUCUCUUGAUAUUUUAUGGCUAGAGUUCAAAUCUCAGUGAGGUCAGUUCUUCACUGGUACAUUAUUUUAAUGAUCCCCAAGAGGACAAAUGGCUGGCCUUGUGCCUAAAUUGGAAGCAAUUUUUGUUAUCAGCAAGAUCACAAGAGCAUCAGAUUAAGUACUUGGCAGUAUUUUUCUCUGGCUCUUUAUGUUCUGAGUUCAAAUCUGCCCCAGGACAACUUUCACUUUCAUUCCUCUGAGGUUGAAAAAGAAAAAGUACCAGUGAAAUAUUUGGGCCAAUGAUAUCAACUAGCACCCCCCACCCCCCGCCAUCAAAAUUGUUGGCCUUGUCCCCUUGUCCCCUAUGUAAGAAUGCUUAGUGGAAUUUCAUCUAUCUUUACAUUCUGAGUUCAAAUUCUGCUACAGUUGACUCUGCCUUUCAGGUUUGAUGAUAUAGAUACCAGUUAAACACUGAGGGGGUCAGUGUAAUUCACUUGCCCCUCCCAACAAAAUUUCAGGCCUUGUACUUUUAGUACAAAGGAUUACAAGGUGGUGAGCUGGCAGAAUCAUCCCCACGCUGGACAAAAUGUUUAGCAACCUUUAUCCGGUCUUUGGUCUUUAUGUUCUGAAUUCAAAUUCUGGCAAGGUUGACUUGACCUUUCAUUCUUUUGGGUUUGUCAAAAAAAAAAAAACAUACCAGCUGAGCAAUGGGGGUUGACAAAAUAAAUAUCAGUUAAGCACUGGGGGUGGAGGUCGAUGUUAUCAUCUAGCUCCUUUCCCCAAAUUUCAGGCCCUGUACCUAUUGUAGAAAGAAUUAUUCUUAUUAUUAUUAUUGUUAUUAUUAUUAUUAUUAUUAUUAUUAUUAUUAUUAUUAUUGCAGAAUCAUUAGUGUUGGAUGAAAUGCUAAGUGGCAUUUCUUCCAGCCCUUUACAUUCUGAGUGUUCAAAUCCUGCCAGGGUCAUCUCUGCUUUUCAUCCUUUUCGAGGUCAGUAAAAAAUAAAGUACCAGUCACGUACUGGGGUCGAUGGUAUUGACUGAACCCCCCCCCCCCUUCCCUUUCAAGGUUGCUGACCUUUUGCCAAAAUGAGAAACAAUUGUAACAAUGGUGGUAGAUAUGGCAGAAUUGGUGAGAGUAUCAAAAACAAAAUGUGUUUGUGGUAUUUAAUGACAUCUGUUGGCAUGUUUUGAGUUCAAAUCCUGCUGAGGGAGUGAUAGAAUUUAAGUACGGUUCAAGUCCUGGGAUUAAUAUGAUUAACUUUACCCCACCACACAUACAACACACCUCAAAAUAUACAUUUCUGGCCUUGAUUUAUGUAAGAAGUUAUUAUUAUUAUUAUCAUUAUUAUUAUUGUCCUUAACUGACAGAAUUGUUACUGUGCCGGGAAAAAUGCUUAGCAGCAUUUCUUUCGACUCUUUAUGUCCUGAGUUCAAAUACCACCAGGGUCCACUUUGCCUUUCAUCCUUUCUGGGUCGAUAAAUUAAGUACCAGUUGAAUACUGGGGUCAACGUAAUUGACUUAUCCUAUCCCCCAAUCUUCCUGGCCUUGUGUUAAAAUUUGAAAUCAUCAUCAUCAUCAUUAUUAUUAUUAUUAUUAUUAUUAUUAUUAUUGAGACCCUCAGUUAGCAGAAUCGUUAAAGCGCUAGAAAAAUGCUUUGCAGUAUUUUUUUCCUGGAUCGUCAUGUUCUGAUUUCAUCCCUCUGGGGUCAAUACAUAGCAGUACCAGUUAAAUACUGGUGUCAAAUAUAUCAACCAAACCCCGCUUCUCCAAAUUUCUGGCCUUGUGCUUUUUAAGAAAUUAUUAUUAUUAAUUAUUAUUAUUAUUAUUAUUAUUAUUAUUAUUAUUAUUAAGGCAGUGAGCUGGGGGAGUCGUUACCACACCAAACAAAAUGCUUGGUGUAGCAUUUCACCUGGCUCUUUAUGCUGUGUGUUCAAACCGCACUAAGGUCGACUUUGCCUUUCAUCCUUUCAGCGUCGAUAAAACAAGUACCAGUCAAGUACUGGGGGUCGAUGUGAUUGAUUCUCCCCCUCCCCACAAAAAAUCCAGGCCUUGUGCUUAUAAUAGAAAGGAUUAUUAUUAUUAUUAUUACGGUGGCUAGCUGGUAGAAUUGUUACCAUGUCAGACAAAACAGCAACAUUUCUUCCCAUUCUUUUACGUUGUGAGUUCAAAUCCCGCUGAGGUCAACUUUGCCUUUCAUGCUUUUGGAGCUGGUAAAAUGUGUACCAGUUGUGCACUGGGAUCAAUGUAACAGAUAGGCUCCCCCUCCCCACACAAUUUGAGGCCUUGUGCCUAUAAUUUAAUGAAUUAUUAUUAUUAUUUAUCUGGUAUGACAUAUUGGCAAAAUGUCUCAUUUAAAGCUGUCUCCAUUGAAUUAUAUAUCUUUUGAGUUCAUGUCUCUCGGGGUGGGGGAGGUUGACUUUGUGGCUUUGACAGAAUGAUUAACCAGUUAUAUAUUGCGGGAAGAAGGGUGGGUUGGGUGGUGGUGGUGUAAACAGUUAAUGUAACUAAUUGUAUGUGAAAUGCAAAUACACAUUGCUAAUACUACCACCACCACCAUCACUACUACUACUACUACUACGGAAGACUGAUGGAUUGGCAAAAUUGGUAGGGCAUUGCUCUGCCCCAUCUCUUGUGUAUUUAGUUACGUCCUUUUGCAUUCUGUCUUCAUAUCUAUCUGUGGUCAAAUUGGCCUUUUGUCCAUCUGGUGGGGGUCAGUCAAAUAAGUACAGCGCAAGUCCUGGGUCAAAGUAGCUGAUGAAUGUUUACCCUCAAACUUUUGUCACUGUACCUCUGGUGGAAAACAAUUAGUGUUAUCAUUAUUAUGAAGGUGGUUAGCACACGAGACAAAAUACUUAGUGGUAUUUGUCCAUCCUUAUGUUCUGAGUUCAAAUUCUGCCAAGGUUUACUUUGCCUUUCAUCCUUUUGGGGGUUGAUAAAUUAAGUAUCACUUGAACACUGAACAUACAUAUAUAUAUAUAUACAUACAUACAUACAUACAUAUAUAUAUAUAUGUAUAUAUGUAUGCAUGUAUAUAUAUACACAGGAAAUCAACCAUGCUGUAUUUUUUAACUAAUUAUACAUGUGGUUAUUUUCACAUAAGCAUACAGUCUUACUUAAUAUGUGGCCUCAUGCCAAAGUUAGAAAUAUAUAUAUUUGGUUAUUUUAUCUCUGCCCCCUCUUCCUCCUGUCACUUAUUUUACAUUAACCCUCAUCCUAAUAAUGAACAAUUUUUUAAAGGUUCCUCUCCUAAAAAGAAAAAAUGAUUAAAUAAUAUAAAAUAAAUAACAAGAAAAUAGUGAAAAGUCUCUAAAAUGAGAAAAGUAAUAUAAUUCUAAUAAUGAUUCUAUACUGAUAAAAGGAAAAAAUUAUAUUACACACACACAUACUAUAUAUACAUAUAUAUAUAGUACAAGUGCUUAUUUAUUUUAUUUGAUAUUGAAUUUUAUAUUUUUUCUUGUAUAUCUGUGUGUGUGUUAAUGAAGAUAUGUGAUACCUUAUUUUUCAUUGAAAAGUUCUCUCACUAACGGCAGACUACCAUGCCUUUUAUUUUACUACUACUACUACUACUACUAGAUUGUGUGUGUGUGUGUCUGUGACAGGUGUUUUAGAACGGAGAAUUAAAUAUCGAAUCUGGUACAUUCCUAGGGUGAGAUGACUCUGUCACUCUUUCUUUAUAGAUCAAGGGAAGUAAUUUUUAUUUACUAACGAUGCUAAUCUCUCUUCUCAAAUUUAAAAACGGGAAAUAUAAAUGUGACCAUCUGCUUAAUGAAGCGACAAUUUGUUAUUACUGUUAGCAGGGUAGUCAGAGUGUGUGGCCUUGUAGUUAGGGUGUUGCACUCACAAUUACAUGUUCACAGUUUCAGUUCCACGACUGGACUGUGCAUUAUGUUCUUGAGCAAAUGACCUCAUUUGCUGUUGCUCCAGUCCACUCGACUGUAAAGGAAUUCCAACAAAAGCAGGGAAGUUAGCCCUGCGAUGGACGAGAAUCCUGUCCAGCAGUAGCAGUUUCAUGUCAUAUGCCAUGGAAACAGGCUAAAGCUUAGGCUUUACGAGCCUUAGGGCUCUUGACAGACCUACAUUCUGGGUCUUUCAUUAAAUGAAGGGAUUAUCAGGCAAUGGCCCUUUUUAUGAUUGCUUAAAAUGCUUGGUGAUAUCUGUUCCCAGUUCUUAGAGGUGGUGAACUGGCAGAAUCUUUAGCACACCAGUUCUGAGGUCAACUUUGACUUUCAUCCCUUUCUGGUACCAGUGGAACAUUGGGGUUUGAUGUAAUUGUCUUACCUGCUGCCCCCAAAAUUGCUGGCCUUUAUAUGAAACCAAUAUUUAUUCCAGCUCUUUAGGUUCUGAGCUCAAAUUCCACCCUCCCUCUUCCUCUCUGAUGGGGUAGAUAGAAUAAAGUACCACUCAAAACUGGGGGUUGGUAUAACUGAGUAGAGUCCAGUUUUUUCUCGUAAGGAUGUGGGGCUGUGAAGAUUGAAAAAAGGGGACAGACAAAUUGCUAUGUUUAACCUAAUUUAAGAAAGUUUUAAAGUUUAUAAACUUGCCUAACACUGUGACAAAGAAGAAGAAUUAUAUAAAUACAAACUCUAUUUUAUUUUCUCAUUAAGAAGGGAGAAGGCUUGCGCCUAAAAGAUUUCAGUGUUAUUUUUCAUGGGCUGGUGUUUGUUAACUUGAGAAGCACGAUUGCAGCCCUUCCCAUCAAAAUUUGUGGCCUUAUAUCUAUGUUAGAAAUUAUUAUUUAAGGCAAUAGACUGGUGAAAUAAGUUGAGCAGUAGAAGACAAGAUCAUUCCAAGGUUGAUUUCACAGUUAAUUGUUUCAGGGUUCAAUCGAAUGAUGUAACAGUCAGGUUUGUACAGCAGGGCUGUAUUCAACCAACUACUCACCUCCUACUAGAUCUGAAGCCUUGUGCUUAAAUAAGAAUAUACAGUAGUGGUAACAGAUCGGUGAGGGAGGCUUCUAUGUCGGUGUUUGACAUGCUAGAAAUAGCAGCCAAAUCUUUACCCGUUUUGAAAACGUUAAAAAGAAAAACAAUGACAUAGUCCUGAAUAUACUGCCUGAAAAAAUAGAAUGAUCAUGGCUAGACUGUCAUCCAUUAUAAAUCUACUACUACUCAUUUGGAGCUUGCCUAUGGCUAAACAACGAGAUAAAUACCCGGUGAACCAUGUUCACAACUCUGUUUUCUUAUCCCAGUUGAAGUUAAUUCACUUCACUUAAACCACUAAUACCAUUGAGGAAGGCAAUGUCACUACCCUCUUCCCUUAUAAUAUAUAUAUAUAUUACGGCCCUUGUCCGGAGUAAAACCAUCACCAUUAGAAUGUAGUAUAUUUUUUUUCCUGUGAUCAUUGCAGAAUUAUAUAACUUUAUUUUUGGACCUCAUCAUCUUCUCCAUCUCUUCUUCUUAUCUCAAUCUCUCCUUUCCUCUCUCUAUUCCACACUGGCUCACUCUAUCUCUCCCCCUCUCUCACUAUGUGUUUUGCUCUGUCUCUAUAAACAUAUAUAUAUAUAUUUAUGUAUGUAUAUAUAUAAAUGUAUACAUAUAUAUGUAUAUAUAUAUAUGCAUGUAUGUAUAUACAUAUAUGUAUAUAUAUAUGUAUAUAUAUAUAUAUAUAUAUAUAUAUAUAUAUAUAUAUAUAUAUAUAUAUAUAUAUAUAUAUAUAUAUAUAUAUAUAUAUAUAUAUAUAUAUAUAUAUACACAUACACACACAACUUUUUAUUAAUUUUCUUACUUUGUAAACUAUUUUUUCUUUAACAAUUACAAACUUCAAUUUCUUUUGUUUUAAUAUAAUUUAUUAAAAAGAAAUAUUUUCUGUCAUUUUUAUACUUAUUUUUCCUGCAUUUCAAAUACAACUUUUUUUAAUUUCCAUUUAGACCUCUGCACCCAAUUAUGCAUGCACUAACACCCAUCCAUGCGCGCGCACACACACACACACACACACACACACACACAUGCUGCUUCUACCUGCAUAUACACAUGUAUGUAGAAGUAGCACUUGUUAUCAGAAAUUUUCAAGUAUGAUAUGACUUAUCUAAUUUAAGAAGUCUUUAACAUUCAGAUAUUACAACAGGUAAGCUUUCAACCUAGGUAUGACAUCAAUGUAUCACAAGGAUUUUGUACAUCAGGGAGGAUUUUUAGCUCAGAUGGCUUCGUGUGGGUUUUGUACUGUUUACUGUAACAGGCUUGACCAACCACCAUAACUAUUUGGCCAAAGAGAUGAAAAUUUGAAUUAACAGCUUUAAAGGAAUUAAGUUCAGAUCUGAAGAUUAAGAAUCAGUCUUUCUAUUGUGAUCAUGCUAUUUCAGUAAUCUACAUGCUUCAGCUAAACAAAUUAGGAAACUGUGUGAGUAUGUAUGUAUAUAUGUCUAUAUAUAUAUAUAUAUAUAUAUAUAUAUAUAUAUAUAAAUAUGUAUAUAUGUAUGAAUAUAUACUAUGUAUACACACACCCAUCAUCAUCAUCAUCAUCAUCGUUUAGCAUGGAAAGCGGACGUUAAACGAUGAUGAUGAUGAUGAUGAUGAUGGGUGUGUGUAUGUAUAUAUGUGUGUGUGCAUAUGUAUAUAUAUAUAUAUAUAGCACAGAAACAGAUAUAUAUAUAUAUAUAUUGUCUGUCCUUGUUUGUCCCCGCUAUGUUUAGCCCCUUGUGGGCAAUAAAGAAAUAAGAAAUAAGAAACAGAUAUAUAUAUAGCAGAGGUUGACUUUGCCUUUCAUCCUGUUGGGAUUGGUAAAAUAAGAACCAUUUAAGCCCCGUGCUUGAAGUGAUUGACUUACUCUCCCUUAAAAUUGCUGGCUUUGUGUCAAAAUUUGAAAUCAUCAUUAUUAUCAUCAUUAUUAUUAUUAUUAGGUCAGUGGAUAAUGAGAAUUGUUAGUGUUGGGAGAAAAUGCCUAGCUGUAUUUGUGUUGUCUUUUUUUUUUACAUUCCAAGUUCAAAUCCCACUCAGAUGAAUUUUGCCUUUCAUCCUUUUUGGGGGUCUAUAAAAUAAAGUACCAGUCAAGUACUGUAGUUUAUGGUAUCGACUAACCCCCUCUGUGCCACAAUUAUAAAGAAAUUUCAUUAUUAUUAUUAAGGCCAGUAAGGUGCCAAGCUGACAGUAUUUUGUCCAUCUCCAUGCUCUGAGUUCAAAUUCUGCUGAGGUCAACUUUGCCUUUCAUCCUUUCAGGGUCGAUAAAAUAAGUACCAGUUGAGCAUUGGGGCCAAUGUGACAGACUCCCCCCACCUGCCGGCCCCGGAUUUGCUGGCCUUGUGCCAAAAUUUGAAAUCAUCAUUAUUAAGGUCAGUGGAUAGACAGAACUGGUUGAAUGUUGGACAGAGCGCCUUGCCAAAUUUGUCCUGGCUCUUUACUUUCUCAGAUCUGGUCCUACUGAGGUCAAUUUUGCCUUUCAUCUUUCCAAGGUUGAGAAAAUAAAGUACCUGUCAUGUGGUGGGGUUGGUUUAAUCUACUUGGUCCUCCUCUGCCCAAAUUCUUGGCCUUGUGCCUAUGUCAGAAGUUUACCAUUAUUUUCAUUACCAAAGACAAUGGAAUGAAGCAGUUUGUGUAUUUAUAGUAUUAUUAAUUCCUGUUUUCUCUAAAUUCUGGGUUUGUAGAUUUGUGUUGGGAUCAUAUUUUUGCCUUUUUUUUUUUUUUUCCAUCUUUUCUUUGUAGGUUUCAUUAAAUUAAAUCUUAAGCAUGUAUUGCAGGUAACUUGCCCGACUCUCACGUCUCCCCUGCCUAGAGAAUAGGGAGGGUGUGUUAAUUCCAUCUGAAACUAUAUACCACCAUUGCCACCACCACCAUCUCUGCCUCCCCCUCUUCCUCCUCCUCCUCCUUACAAAUAUGUGGCCUCUUUGUGGCACUGUUGUCAGAAACCAUUUUUAUUGUCAUUAUUAUUAUUAUCAUCACCUUCAUUGUCAUUGCUCUUUCUUAUCUAUUUAUUUUCAUUGAUUUUUUUUUUUGUUGUUGUUUUGUUUUCCAAUUUAUCUUCAUCUCUGAUGUGAAAAGAAAAGAAUUUGAAAGAAAAAAAAUCAGAACAAAAAAACAAAAAACAAAACAAGAUGAAUGCUUCAUGGAAGGAUUUCUAUGAGUUACUAGAAUAUUUUAUGAAACUUCUCACUAAGUUUGGAAAGACGAAACCAUUUCUUGCUCAAUGUAUUAGUUUGAAAGUCUUUGAAAAUCAGCUUCACACCCCUGCUACCAUAUCUCUUUAUUCCAAGUUACAAGCAACAAUUGAUACCAGGAAUAUAAAAAAAUGUCUAGGCCUACUGAUUGGACUCAAAUCCCUAAUUACACGAAAGACUGCCUACUUGCUAAACACUCUUCUCAAAUCAAAUGCUAUAAAUCUAUUUUUUUCUGCUAUUUUUAAA